UUUCUUGCAGAUCAGUCUCUCUCCCUGUCUCUGUCUCUCUGCAUAGGCAAUCAGCGCUCUCACUCAGACAUACACAACUCUUCCUUUCUUGCUCGGUUUGUAAUGCAUUUUGUUCCUGAAUGUAGGUCAUUUACAACAGAAAGCACCAAUUUCCUCCAAACCCUGGGGUUUUUUUGGUGGUCUUUGCAUUCCUUUGGACAAGAAAAUCUCCUUGGAUUGCCAAAAGGAGAGGAGCCUGGAUUGAUUAAACCCUCCUGUAUCAUGUUCAGUUAGGAUUCCCUGGAAGAACCUGGCUGUGUAUAAAGGACACUUAAAGCAGAUGCAGCUUUCCCCCGACUAAGGUAUGUGUCCUUGAUCCUCGAUUCUUGGAGAGUUGGAAUGGCUGUGAACAUCUAUAUCAACCCUGCAAUCUCUAAUUGCAAAAAUGAAAUUGUGUGGAGAGACUUAUUUGAAACAUUAUCCUAGUUUGGAGUAAAUUGUGCUUAUCUUCUGCACCUGACCUCUCAUGGGGAAAAAAAAUGUACUGUGACUGAGAAGGUACCAGGUAUCUUUCUAUGGAGGGAUUUUUAAGGUUUCUUCUCAAAAUGAUAACAGAGUGAUUGGCAUCUGUGCCUUGGCAUCAUCGAAUGGGAGUCACUGUCCUUAUGAAGCUAAGUAUUAUCUGAUGUUCACCACAUCAUUUCAACAUCCUUCCUGGAGGAAAUAGCUAUUGGAAUUAAAGGAGGAUUGUGUUUUUGGAAUGAGCUGUAAAGACAUCAACAACCUUGUUUUUUCAUAAUAUUGGAAUGUGCCCAUGACCAGACUCAGAGGCUUCUCAGCACUCCCCUAGCUGUAGGCCUUUUAUGCUCUAAAAAAGUGUUCUCUCUGUUUUGGUGACUGGUUUUAUUUUUCUCCUGGCCGUGGAAGACAGAGACUUUCUGAUGUUGAUAUAAACAAUGUCGAGGCCAAAGGGACUGUUAUGGCUUCCUUUGUUCUUCACUCCAGUUUGUGUCAUGUUGAACUCCAAUUUCCUCCUGUGGAUAACAGCACUUGCGAUAAGGUUUACACUUAUUGACAGCCAAGCACAAUAUCCAGUUGUAACCACAAAUUACGGCAAAAUCCGUGGCCUAAGAACACCUUUGCCCAAUGAGAUUCUUGGUCCAGUGGAACAAUAUUUAGGUGUACCCUAUGCUUCUCCUCCCACUGGGGAGAGGCGAUUUCAACCCCCAGAGCCUCCAUCGUCUUGGACAGGGGUUCGAAAUGCUACCCAGUUUGCUGCUGUCUGUCCUCAGCACCUGGAUGAGAGGUCACUUCUUCAUGAUAUGCUCCCCAUCUGGUUUACUGCUAAUUUGGAUACUUUGAUGACCUAUGUGCAAGACCAAAAUGAAGACUGCCUGUACCUAAACAUCUAUGUUCCCACAGAGGAUGGAGCCAACACAAAGAAAAGCGCAGAUGAUAUAACCAGUAAUGAUCGUGGUGAAGAUGAAGACAUUCAUGAUCAGAACAGUAAGAAGCCGGUCAUGGUCUAUAUCCAUGGUGGGUCUUACAUGGAGGGAACAGGCAACAUGAUAGAUGGAAGCAUUCUAGCAAGCUAUGGAAAUGUCAUUGUCAUAACCCUCAACUACAGACUGGGAGUUUUAGGUUUUUUAAGUACUGGGGACCAGGCAGCAAAAGGCAAUUAUGGAUUACUUGACCAAAUACAAGCUUUACGAUGGAUUGAAGAAAACAUUGGAUCCUUUGGAGGGGAUCCAAAAAGAGUGACCAUCUUUGGCUCAGGAGCAGGAGCGUCUUGUGUUAGCCUCUUGACCUUGUCUCACUAUUCAGAAGGUCUGUUCCAAAAGGCAAUCAUACAGAGUGGAACAGCCCUGUCCAGCUGGGCAGUGAACUACCAGCCUGCCAAGUACACUCGGAUAUUGGCAGAUAAAGUGGGCUGCAACAUGCUGGAUACCACUGACAUGGUUGAAUGCCUUCGGAAUAAGAACUACAAAGAACUCAUUCAACAGACCAUUACUCCAGCCACAUACCACAUUGCCUUCGGGCCCGUGAUAGAUGGUGAUGUAAUUCCAGAUGACCCUCAGAUUCUAAUGGAGCAGGGGGAGUUCCUAAACUAUGACAUAAUGCUUGGCGUGAACCAAGGGGAAGGCUUAAAGUUUGUUGAUGGUAUUGUUGACAAUGAAGAUGGCGUUUCUCCAAAUGAUUUUGACUUCUCUGUCUCCAACUUUGUGGACAAUCUGUAUGGUUAUCCAGAAGGCAAAGACACCCUCCGGGAGACGAUAAAGUUCAUGUACACUGAUUGGGCAGAUAAAGAAAACCCUGAAACUCGAAGGAAGACCCUGGUUGCCCUUUUUACUGAUCAUCAAUGGGUCGCUCCUGCUGUUGCCACAGCUGACCUACACGCCCAGUAUGGCUCCCCAACAUAUUUCUAUGCAUUCUACCACCAUUGCCAAAGUGAAAUGAAACCAAGCUGGGCUGAUUCAGCCCAUGGAGAUGAAGUUCCAUAUGUUUUUGGCAUUCCCAUGAUUGGUCCUACUGAACUCUUCAGCUGUAACUUCUCCAAGAAUGAUGUCAUGCUUAGUGCAGUGGUUAUGACAUACUGGACAAACUUCGCCAAAACUGGUGAUCCAAAUCAGCCAGUUCCACAAGAUACCAAGUUUAUACACACAAAGCCCAAUCGUUUUGAAGAAGUCGCCUGGUCCAAGUAUAACCCCAAAGACCAGCUGUAUCUACACAUCGGUCUGAAACCUCGGGUAAGGGAUCACUAUCGAGCAACCAAAGUCGCUUUCUGGUUGGAACUUGUACCUCAUUUGCACAACCUGAAUGAGAUUUUUCAAUAUGUUUCCACAACAACAAAAGUCCCUCCUCCAGACAUGACAUCAUUUCCUUAUGGCACUCGACGUUCUCCUGCAAAAAUCUGGCCAACUACCAAACGUCCAGCCAUCACACCUGCCAAUAAUCCUAAACAUUCAAAGGACCCUCAUAAAACAAAUCCAGAGGAUACAACUGUUCUGAUUGAAACAAAACGUGAUUAUUCCACAGAGUUAAGUGUCACUAUUGCAGUGGGAGCAUCCUUAUUAUUCCUCAAUAUUUUGGCUUUUGCCGCAUUGUACUACAAAAAGGACAAAAGACGUCAUGAAACACAUAGGCGUCCCAGUCCUCAAAGAAAUACAACAAAUGAUAUUGCUCAUAUACAAAAUGAAGAAAUCAUGUCUUUGCAGAUGAAGCAGUUGGAGCAUGAUCAUGAGUGUGAGUCUUUACAGGCACAUGAUACCCUGAGACUAACCUGCCCACCUGACUAUACCCUCACUCUGAGAAGAUCCCCAGAUGACAUUCCGCUAAUGACACCCAAUACCAUAACCAUGAUUCCCAACACAUUAACAGGAAUGCAGCCUUUGCAUACUUUCAACACCUUCAGUGGAGGACAAAACAGUACUAAUUUACCCCAUGGACAUUCAACUACUAGGGUAUAGCUCUGCCAUUACCUUCCCCUCCUUUACUCUCCUUCCCUCAGCAACAUCGAAGAAAGAAAAAGAAAAAAAAAAGGAAUGUUUUUCAUCAAGCAGACUUCAGAUAAAAGGAGAAAGGGCAGUCAUUAUUUUCUUACUGACCCUUUUCAAAGGAACUUUCCAAUAUUAAAAAGAUCAACUUCAAACCCUGUGAAAUGUGAAAACGUGUACAUUGCUGUUAUAAUACUGCUUUAAGAUCCCAACCACUUCAGUGAAAGUUUAAUGUGUAUAGGACAGAAGAAUAGCCCGCUUCAAAGACCUGGAUGUUUUCAUUGUAAGAAAUAGAAGCUGAAUCUUCUGGAACACAGCCAAGUGACUCUUAACCAUUUUUUUAAAAUAAAAUUGAAAAAAAAUUCUUUAUGUGCCAUGCCAUGAAUGGCCCUUCUUAAGUGAGGACAGUAUCACAGGCUUUUACUCAUUGUAUGAAGCUGUAAUCCAGGAGGAAGGAAAAAUAGAAUUUUAUUAUAAAAAUAAGAGGACUGACUAUGCAGUUGUAUUCGUAUAGUUCUGUGCAAAGAGAUGAUUUGCCAGCUUGAACUAUAUUUAAGAAACUUUGUAAAAAAUGUACAUGGAUGUGAGUUUAAACACACAAAACAACAACAAAAAAGCUUUUAUUGAUGUUUUCAGUUUGAAAGAGCUUUUAGAAAGAUUGUGCUUUCAGUUGUGAUCUAUAUGUAUAUAUACAUUAGUCAUAUCAACCCUGUUUCCUCCAGAACAAGAGGGGACCUUUCUUCUUUAUUACUUGUGGUAAACAAAGACAUGGGAUUUUCUAACAUGUUUCAUUUGUAGGAGGACAUGGCGUCAUACAGAAAAUAAAGAUUGUCUGUGUGACCUGCACAUUUCCCCUUACAGGUUGCACAAAUGCAUGUUAAAGCAUUCUUAGGAGAUGGUUGUUUUAGACAACAUUUAUUUUGGGGGUAUUAGCCUUCAUGAAAUUGCAACACAAAGAUGGAUCAGAAAUCUGGAAAAAAAUUAGUAUUUAAAGUUUAUUGAGUUAAAGGAAACACACACACAAAAUGACAAAAAAAAAAAAGACAAGUCCAGUUCUGUAGUUCUGGUUAUUUGAAUAUGUUUGGGAAGAGUUGCUUCCCAGUUCAGUAUCCUGCCAAAAGUAAAGAAAGCCUGCCUUUUGGUUAGCCUUUUUCUCCCUACCCCCAAUCCCCUCCAACCCCCCACCCCUCAGUAAAUCUAGCUCUCUGUUCACCAGCAGCUGCGGAAGAACUCUGGCUGAGAAAGUACCUGCUCAGCUUUGCUAAUCAGAAGAAAUUUGCAGUUUGAAGGAAGAAAUGAUUUUUUUUUCUUUUUUAAAGAGCAAGGUUCUUAUUUACCAAAAUACAGUGAUGAAGUUUUUUCUUCUGUAUUUCAUUUAUGUGAUCAAGCUUAUGCCUGUCUGAAAGAUUUUUUUUUUGCAGGUUUCUUAUAUAGCAGUCACCAAUCAAUGCAUAUGAUAGAAAGAAA